UGAAAGUAUCGAGCAGUUGGGCUACUGAGGUAUACAAGUUUUACUGGCCAUUUUCAGUAACAGCCAGCAUUCUCUCACAACAAUCGCCCCCAGCGAGCAGAGCCAGAGCGUCUAACCUGGGACAAUUAACAGAUUUCAGACCCUAAAGUCCCGAUAAAUCAUGGAUAACAGUGAACAUGCCUCGGAGAGCCUUCGUCAUUUGAAGAAUGAGUUGGAUAAGAUCGCUGACUUGAGUCUGUUACUGGAGGUGCUGCCCAUUACUCUGGAGGAACAAACUCAAAUGCCAACAGACUGUAACCUGAAAGAGAGAAUCGAAUAUUAUUUAAAUCUGAAACUAGGGGAAGGAGAACCUGACUGUCAGCAAUGUCUCAGCUACUUAGAAGAGAGAGCAUCUGAAGUCCCAGAGCUGGCCCAGGUCCUCUGGGGCCAAAGAAAGCCAUUGGAUGAGCUACUAUUGCAGUUAAACCUGGGAAAUCAUAAAAGGUCCAAGCUCUCACUCCAGCAAAUACUCUGCAUUGGGGAAGAGGUUCUGAGAGGCUUUUCAAUAUCAGAAGAUGAGCCGCAGCAAUUCCUAAGAAAACUCCUCACUUUGGAUGAAAGUGCCCGAUACACAAGGCCAGGUGGUCGUCCAAAUAUUCAUUCAUCUGAUCCAGAUCUGUAUCUUAGCUUUCAGUCUAAUUCUGAAGAUAUUAUUUCCAUCCACCCUCUCGAUGUACUUUGUGCUUUUCUUCAUUGUUCGGAUAAUUCUUUGCAACAACAAAUUCUAUUGAAAAUGACCACUUGCCAAUUUGCCGUUCCUCUGCUGCUCCCUGCGGGUGAUGGGAAGACAUACACUCUUAUGCUCUGGGCAAUGAGAGAUAUAGUGAAAAUGUGGACUCCUCAUUCAUUAAUCAGUAUCAGAGGAUUUCGUGAAGAAAAUUUGGUGGAUAUUCCGAUGCCAACGUUUUCCUUUAUGAGAUUAGGGAAAUGCAAUGUAUCCAAGUCUAAGUUACUCAAUGCAGUUCUCACACCAUCUCACACACACCAUGAUAUCUUCAUACAUCGGGAUCUAGAAUCAGGGUUUAGUCCUCGCACAAUUUCAGAUGGACUUCUAGAAAUAUCCUGGUACUUUCCAGCGGGGCGAGAGCACUCUGACAUUUUCCCAGAGCCUAUUGCAGUGGCCAAUCUAAGAGGAAAUUUGGAGUCCAACUUGACCCAGUUCUCUUUUUUAACACAGGUUUCAUCUGCCGUGCUAAUUUUUACCGAAAGCAUUGAAAAAGAACAUUACCAGUGGCUAUCAGACUGUGAGCCAAGAAAUGCUAAUUUUUUUUUCAUCAUCUGUCCACCUGAUGGCAAACAGGUCAACGAGGAAACAAUUGAUUAUCUCCAAAAAAUAUUGCAUUUGUUAAAAAUCAAUAGGUCGCAUUGUAUAGUGAAAGAACCAAUGAACAAUGAAGCAGACAUGGUAAGGCAAGUGCAGACUCUUAUCCGAAACCUCUUGAAGAGUUCUCCAAAGCGAAUUAAGCUGGAAGAUAUGGCAGACUUGGCUUUUGAAUUCAGAAUUCAUGUCGACGAAGACUCAGAUGGUUUUAAAAUUGCAAAAAAGAGAGCCCAGGAAAUCACCAGUGAGAUAAAAGAUGUUGUACUUCACAAAAAGAACACAAUGAAACUUCAGGGGACUCCAUGGAAACAGAUGGCUAAAUGUGAAAAAGAAAUUUGUAGAAUGAGACAACAAGGUGAUGCUAAUGGGGAGACAUACCGUUCAGAAUUAAAAAAUCAAAUUCUGACAUUGCGUAAGGAACAGAGUCGGCAGAACCUACCUGGUGGGAUUGAGAAAUUCUUGGAUGCGCUCAUUGAAUUGCCACACACAGACAAACUUUAUUUCUUGAAGUGGAUGAAGUUCUAUCUUGACUCGGUUUCUAGAAAGAAUCUGACAGGAUUAAAAGCAGAAUACAGCAAGAAAUGUAAUUUAUCAACUAAUGCAGAAGAAUUAAAGCAACUAGACCAGACAAUAGCAGAUACUUCUCUUGGAAUUGAACAUUACCUGCGCGAGCUGGGACAGUUCUAUGAAGCUGAAUGUUUCAUGGUGAGCAAUCAAGAAAUUGCUCAGAGACGAUUUAGCAAACUCCCAGGAAUAGCUGCUGAUCUCCUGCUGGAUGGGUUCCCAUUGGAGCUGAUUGAUGGAGAUGCAUCCAAUAUUCCCCUGCAGUGGAUAACUGAUGUCUUGACAGAGCUGGACACCAAGACGGGAGGACAAUGCAGAAUGAGAGUGAUUAGUGUGCUGGGAGUUCAGAGUACGGGGAAAUUCACCCUUCUGAACACCAUGUUUGGUUUGCAGUUCGCAGUGGCCAGUGGACGAUGCACACGAGGGGCUUUCAUGACACUUAUUAAAGUGAAAGAUAAUAUCCAGAAAGAGCUGGGCUGUAACUUUAUUCUGGUUAUUGAUACUGAAGGUCUGAAAGCUCCUGAAUUGGCUUCUCUGGAGGACAGCUAUGAACAUGACAAUGAGCUGGCAACGCUAGUGGUCGGGUUGAGUGAUAUCACAAUAAUUAACAUGUCCAUGGAAAACACAACAGAAAUGAAGGACACUCUUCAAAUUGUGGUUCAUGCAUUUCUUAGGAUGAAAGAAGUUGGGAAGAAACCCAAUUGCCAGUUUGUUCAUCAGAAUGUGAGCGAUGUAUCUGCCUAUGAAAAGAAUAUGAGAGAUAGAAGGAAACUCCUGGAAAUGUUAGAUGAAAUGACAAAAUCAGCUGCAAAGAUGGAAAAGAGAGAUGGGAUAACGUCCUUUGGUGAUGUGAUGGACUAUAACCCCGAGGAGCAUGUCUGGUACCUACCAGGCCUAUGGCAGGGUGUCCCACCUAUGGCACCAAUUAAUUCUGGGUAUGCUGAAAGUAUUUUUGCACUGAAAAAAUAUUUAUUUGCACUUAUGAAAUCCAAAUUACAGUCUCAAAGUCCUCAGAAUAUUGGAGCUUUUCUGGGGUGGAUGAAAAGUUUGUGGAAUGCAGUGAAACAUGAAAAAUUCAUUUUCAGCUUUCGAAACAGUUUGGUAGCAGAUGCCUAUGAUCAAUUGUCAAUAAAAUACUCAGAACUGGAAUGGAACUUCCGUCAGAAGUUGUAUAACUGGAUGAUCGAAACAGGAAAUAUGAUCAGGAAUCAGCACUCAAGUGGAGAACAAGUGGACAUGAUGAAUGCAUUGAGAGUCUCAAUGUCUCAAGUGCUCCAGGAAGAGGAAAGAAACAUGCAGGGCUGUCUUGAAGCUUAUUUUGAACGCAGAUCUGAAAAUGUGCAUCUGGUAAGUAGGCACAGAGAAGACUUCUUCAAAAGUGUAACCAGUCUUAAAAAUGAGCUUAAGAAUGAUCUAACUGAAAGAUGUUUAGAAACUGAUCGCAUCCAAAAGGCAAAGCAUCAGAUACAAGUUAUGAAGGAGAGCUAUGCCACAAGAAUUGAGGAUAAAGUUAGCUCACUUUUGGACAGUUGUCGAAGAAAACAACAAAUUCUUGCAGAUGAGUUGAAAACCGAAUUUGAGACCAUGUGGAAAAAUACAGUAGAUGGGUUUCAAAUACAUAGAUUAAAGAAGCAAGAUAUUGAUCAAGCCAUGCUUCAAUUAUUAAAGAAAGAAAUGAACAACAAGGGUGGGCUUAUCAAUGAGAAAUUACUAAGGAUUCAACGAUUAUCAGAAUUCGAUCAGAAAACUUUCAUAUUUGAGGACAAGUACACUGACCAAACGUGGUUCCAGAAAUGUAAAGAUACAAUCUGGUAUAAAGCAUCAGGAUACUCCGCCUACUACAAUCAUGAAGUUUCUUAUAAAAUCAAUCAACUUAUAGAGAAACUGAUGGCUAAAUGUGCUAGUUAUGUGUCUGAAAAGGUCAACACAAAAGAGGACUAUCAUGAAACAUUUUGUCAAGCUCUACUAAACAUGGUCAACAAGGAACUUCGACAGAAAGAAUUCAGUAAUCUUCACACUACGGUCUCCCUGGAGCUUGAAGCAAAACUCCUCAUUUUAGGAAGAGCAACUCCAUGCUUCCAGAAAAUGCAUGAUAAUUUUAUUAAGGAAAAUAAUCCUUGGUUAUGCCUAGAGUCUUCAAAGUCCCAAUAUUUCUCCAUUUUCAAAAGUAUAUUCCACGAUAAGGAUGAAUGCCAGAACAGAGCCAAACGUUUCUGUGAUUUGUGUCUGACACCAGCAUUAAUUGAAUAUGUUGAAAAUCAUCUUGGAAAAGAAAUAGUUAAUGACAUUUUAACAAAUGUCAACUCUUUGGAGUACAAGAGCAGGACAUUUUUCCAGUACACUGUGCUCAGAAAAUUGUUGGAAGACAAUAGAUUUGACCAGUAUGUAGAAUACAUUAAUAAAUAUGAGAUGUUUGUAAAACAGUGGAUCUUAAAUUACAUUAAAGACAAAUACAAAGAACCCAGAAGUUUAGAGUGUUUACAGUUAAAACUUAUUUCUUUCAUCAUCUCAAAAGUCAAGGAAAAUCUUCGAGACCCGAAAACCAUAGAGAGCUCCAACGUGUCGGACUUCUUAAAGAAGUUUUGCGACAAGCUGAAAAAAGAGCUGGUGAUUUCACAAGAUGACAUAAAAGUGAUUGUUUUCCAAAACUCCGCUCCUGUCCAACAGUUUUCUUCUGACAUUGAUUUCUUCCUCAGUAAGACAGGAGAUGAGAUCAUGUCCACAAUGAAAGACGUUGACAUUGAAUCCGUACUUUCCAAGGUAACAAUGAAACCUGAGGAUGAGUUGUUUAAGAAGGUCUUUGGAUGCGGGAAGCAGUGUCCAUUCUGUAAAGUCCCAUGCGAGGCCGGUGCUGUUGACCACAGGGAGCAUUUUGCCUCUAUCCAUCGGCCACAGGGUCUAGGGAGGUACAGGUUUGUAGACACAAAUGUGCUCUGCUGCACCCUGUGCUCAACAGAUGUUAUCUCAAAUAAAUCCUUUAGAAACGUGGACACAAACGGGGCAUUUCACCCAUAUAAAGAUUAUACUGCAUAUUACCCUGAUUGGAGUAUUCAGCCUGACCCCACCAUCUGUGCAUCUGAUUACUGGAAAUUCAUCUUCAAAGAAUUUAACACGCAGUUUGCAAAAGAAUACAAGGCGAAUCCUGCAGAAUUACCGGAGGAUUGGUACCAAAUUACAAAAGAACAGGCAUUACAAAAUCUAAAAGAAACAUUUCGAAUGAUAUGAAAUCCUACAUUGUGCUUUAGUAAUAAUGUACACAUCACCCACCAAACUCACAGAAAGACAGUAAAAAAUAAAGUCUGUAAAGUCAUAUGAUGGUAGAAAUAACAAUAUAAUAAAAACUGUGUUUUCAAUGAAUUUUUGUGAGCAGGGUGCUGGGUAGAGGGAAUACCCAAGGAACCUUAAAAGUGUA